AUGUCACAAACUGAACUUAGUGAGAUCUCUCUAAACUGUGAUAGUUCCGGAGUUAAAUAUGGUAUCCGCGUCAAGGAUGAACCCGAUGACCCGGAUCCGGAUUCUACGAUUCAGGAGCGGGACUGGAGCCGGAAACUGUUUACAGAGGGUGAAGAUAUCCUGGUUCAUGAUCAGGACGGACUCAUUUAUUUCGGGAUAGUUGUAGAGGUGGACCCGGAUAUAAAACAGUGUCUAGUCAGAUUUGGGGACUGCACAGAACGCUGGAGCAGUUUCUUUGAGUUGAGACGCUUAGGAGAACCUGAGACUGAGAAUACCGAAGAAAGUGCUGGAGCUGUUAACCCUCCUAAAUCUAGUUUAGAACUGCUCCACGAAGAACUAAAGACUGAAACUGAAGAGCUCCCCCAGCAUGUGCUGGACGCUAGAGCUCAGCUCUCAUAUAGUUUUGAGAGUCUAAACUGGGAUUCCACGCAUCAGAGGAAUGAGAGUGAAAUCUACUGUUACUGCGGAGAGAGCGGGGACUGGUAUAAGAAGAUGCUCCAGUGCAAGGAUUGUUUGCAAUGGUUUCAUCAAGAAUGUAUUAGAUCUCUCAACUAUCAACUGCUCUGCGGAGAUAGGUUCUUUGAGUUUGUGUGUACUGUGUGUAAUGGGAAGGAGGAAGAAAGCAUUGAACGAUUAGAUCUCUCAUUGGUUGACUCAACUCACCUUGUGAUAUUUAACCUCAUUAUUUCUAAAAACCAAAAAUUUCACGACCUUGAGACCUCUAUCCUCCCCUUCAUGAAGAAGAAACUGAAGUAUCUGCAGGGGAGCAGCUCCAACCCGUUGUUUAAAGCGAACAAGAUUGAAUCCGAAUAUAUCUCAAAAUUGUUAUCCGCAAACAAAUCCCGGUUCAAGUGCGGAAGUGAGACUGGGAAGAAGAACUCCUUCUGGGGUUUGAGAAAAAUGUGUGCUCCGCCCCUACCCAGUAAAUACUUCCCUAGGGGCUGGGGUAGAUGGGCCACUGGACCUAAAGGGUCCGUAAAGACAUAUAGUAAUCUUGAAAUUAGUUCUAAAAAAGGGCGCAAAGCUGUUAAAAAUGAUUUUCCGCGAAACCCGCAUGUCCGGCGGAACAAAGGGAGAUUUAAGGAUCUCAGUGGAGAGCAUUCCGAUUCCGACACUUCAAGUCGCGGAACAUUAGACUUCUUGAUCAAACCUCCGAAAGAUUUUACAGGUGCUAACAAUCCAUUCCGAAGUUUUGGACCACCAAGCGAGGUAUCUGACUACAUGAGUAGGGGUGGUUCUACUCCAAAUAGUUCUCUACGACGAGUUAUAUCUUCAGAUAAGGGGAGUCCGCUUAGCUCAGGGGCUCCAAGCACUGUUACAACAGACGAUUCUCUAGUUGAAGAUAUGCUGCAGAAUACUGAAGCUCUAGAUUCAGCAGAGCAGGACGAGGAGUUGAAAUCUCCAGGUAUCAAACUCUCCGAUCUCAAAGGUUCAUUAAGUUCCUACUUUGCUCCAAGUGCUAAGAGACGAAUAGAGCGAGGAGAUAAGUUUAGUGUGAAAGCACGUCGUCUUACACUGAACGGAGAUAUAGCUUACCUCAUAGACUGGGAGUCCGGUUCAUCAGAAACCUACUAG